UCAACAAAUGUGGAGGAGGAUAUGAAUAAAAUUACACGUCAAAUGGUGCUCUGUAGUGGCACUGGUUCUACUUCAGCACCACUACUGCUGCCCGUUCUCGCUGUCCUAGUGGCCGUGGCAUUGCUGGCGCCGGCGCCAGCCGCGGCCGCCGGCAUGGCAGGCGCGUCGGUGCGGGCCGUGCACCUGGAGGCUUUGCUGGAAUUCAAGAAGGGCGUCGUCGAUGACCCGCUCGGCACGCUGUCCGACUGGACGGUGCGGGCAGGCGGCGUGCCGCGGCACUGCAACUGGACCGGCAUCGCCUGCGACGGCGCGGGCCGCGUCACGUCCAUCCAGCUGCUCGAGACCGGGCUCCGGGGCACGCUCACGCCGUUCCUCGCCAACAUCUCCACGCUCCAGGUCCUCGACCUCACCUCCAACGCCUUCGCCGGCCCCAUCCCGCCGCAGCUCGGCCGGCUCCGCGAGCUCGAGGGGCUCAUCCUCACCGUGAACGGAUUCACCGGGGGCAUCCCGCCGGAGCUCGGCGAGCUGGGCAGCCUGCAGCUGCUGGACCUCUCCAACAACUCCCUCAGCGGCGAAAUCCCCAGCCGCCUCUGCAACUGCUCCGCGAUGUGGGCGCUCGGCCUCGAGUUCAACAACCUCACCGGCGAAAUCCCCUCCUGCGUCGGCGACCUCUCCAACCUCGAGAUAUUCCAGACGUACAUGAACAAUCUCCACGGCGAGCUGCCGCCGUCGUUCGCGAAGCUCACGAAACUCAAGACACUGGACCUCAGCGCCAAUAACUUGUCCGGCCCGCUUCCGCCGGAGAUUGGCGAAUUCUCGCACCUCUGGAUCGUCCAGCUGUUCCAGAACAGCUUCUCCGGCGAAAUACCGCCGGGUCUCGGCCGGUGCAAGAACCUGACGCUGCUCAACAUAUACAGCAACAGGUUCACCGGCGCGAUCCCUCGCGAGCUCGGCGAGCUGGAGAACCUGAAGGCGCUGCGUCUGUACGACAACGAGCUAUCAUCGGCGAUCCCGACCUCACUUGGGCGGUGCAAGUCUCUGGCGGCGCUCCAGCUCUCGCAGAACAAAUUGACCGGAUCAAUCCCGCCGGAGCUCGGUGAGCUCCGAUCGCUCCAGUCACUGACGCUCCAUGCCAACCGGCUCACCGGAACGAUUCCGCCUUCUCUGACGAGCCUUGUCAACUUGACGUACCUGUCGCUCAGCUUCAACAACCUGUCAGGCCCGCUGCCGGAGAACAUCGGGUCGCUCCGGAAUCUCCAGAAGCUCGUCAUCGGAGACAACUCGCUCUCCGGCCCGAUUCCGGCGAGCAUCGCCAACUGCACGUUGCUCUCCAACGCCAGCUUGGCGUACAACGAGUUCUCGGGACACUUGCCUGCUGGACUUGGCCGGUUACAGGGUCUUGCAUUCUUGUCGGUGGGCGCCAACUCGCUGGUCGGAGACAUACCGGAGGACCUGUUUGACUGUGGCAGCCUCCGCACGCUGGACCUGGGAGAGAACAGCUUUACCGGCGGACUGAGCCGUCGCGUCGGCGAGCUUGGCGAGCUCAGAUAUCUGCACCUGCAAGGGAACUCUCUUUCGGGAACGAUACCGGCAGAGAUCGGCAACCUGACGAACCUCAUCGACCUGAAGCUCGGGAGGAACCGGUUCGCCGGCCGCGUCCCGGCGAAUAUCUCCAACCUGUCGGCCUCCCUUCAGGUGCUCGACCUGACGCAGAACCGCCUAGACGGCGUUUUGCCGGACGAGCUCUUUGAGCUCCGGCAGCUCACCACACUCGAAGUUGCGUCGAACAGGUUCCGCGGCCCGAUUCCUGCCGCGGUGUCCAACCUCCGCUCGCUCUCCCUCCUCGACCUGUCGAACAACAUGCUGAACGGCACAUUCCCGGUUGGGCUCGGUGGCCACGACCAGCUGCUCACGCUUGACCUCUCCCACAACCGCCUCUCCGGCGCGAUCCCUGGCGCAAUGAUCGCCAAUAUGAGCACCCUUCAGAUAUACCUGAACCUGUCGAACAACGCGUUCACGGGCCCGAUCCCGCAGGAGAUCGGCGGCCUCACAAUGGUCCAAGCCAUCGACCUGUCGAACAACCAGCUCUCCGGUGGCAUCCCGGCGGCACUUGAGGGCUGCAAGAAUCUGUACUCGCUCGACCUCUCCGCCAACAAUCUGAGCGGCUCUCUCCCGGCCGGCCUUUUCCCGCAGCUGGACCUCCUGACGAGCCUCAACGUCUCCCACAACGGCCUCGACGGAGAGAUCCACCCCGAUAUCGCCGCGCUGAAGCACCUACUGACGCUGGACAUGUCGAGCAACGCGUUCGGCGGGGCCAUUCCGCCGGCGCUGGCAAACCUGACGAACCUGAGGGCUCUCAACCUCUCGUCGAACCGCCUCGAGGGGCCCGUGCCGAACGCCGGCUUGUUCAGGAGCCUGGGCAUGUCGAGCCUGCAGGGCAAUGCCGGCCUGUGCGGGUGGAAGCUUCUCGCGCCCUGCCACGGCGGCGUCGCGGGGAAGCGGUGGUUCUCGCGGACAGGGGUGAAGAUACUCGUCACGCUUCUGGUGCUAGCCUUGCUGAUGCUACUUUUACUCGUGGCGAUUCUCCUUGUUGGCUACCGGAGGUACAAGAAGAAGAGGGUCCGGUCAGAUGGCUCCGGCCAUCUGUCAGAGGCCUUCGUGGUGCCGGAGCUGAGGAGGUUCACGUGCGGCGAACUGGCCGCAGCCACCAGCUCGUUCGACGAAGGCAACGUGAUCGGGAGCAGUAGCCUGAGCACGGUCUACAAGGGCGUGCUCGUCGAGCCCGAGGGCACGGUCGUCGCCGUGAAGCGGCUCAACCUGAAGCAGUUCCCGGCCUUGUCCGACAAGAGCUUCCUUAGGGAGCUCGCGACGCUGAGCCGCCUGAAGCACAAGAACCUGGCACGGGUGGUCGGGUACGCGUGGGAGUCCGGCAGGAUGAAGGCCCUGGUGCUCGAGUACAUGGACAACGGCGACCUGGACGGCGCGAUCCACGGCCCGGACGCGCCGCGGUGGACGGUGGUGGAGCGGCUGCGCGUGUGCAUCUCCGUGGCGCACGGGCUCGUGUAUUUGCACUCCGGCUAUGGAUUCCCCAUCGUGCACUGCGACGUCAAGCCGUCGAACGUUCUCCUCGACGGCGACUGGGAGGCGCGCGUCAGCGACUUCGGCACCGCACGGAUGCAGGGCGUCCACCUGACAGACGCGGCGGCGCCCGAGUCGGCGGCCUCGUCGUCGGCGUUCCGCGGCACCGUCGGAUACAUGGCACCAGAGCUGGCGUACAUGAGGAGCGUAUCGCCAAAGGCGGACGUGUUCAGCUUCGGGAUCCUGAUCAUGGAGCUGUUCACCAAGCGGAGGCCGACGGGGAACAUAGAGGAGGACGGCGUGCCGAUGACGCUGCAGCAGCUCGUCGGCAACACGCUGUCGAGGGGCCUCGAGGAUGUCGCCGGCGUCCUGGACCCUGGCAUGAAGGUGGGCACCGAGGCCGACCUGUCCGCCGCUGCCGACGCGCUGAGCCUGGCCGCCUGGUGCGCCGCGUUCGAGCCCGCUGACCGGCCCGACAUGAAUGGUGUGCUCUCGGGGCUGCUCAAGAUCAGCAGAGUGUGUGGAGGAGACUAGAACCAAACCGAGUUGCAGCGUUUUUUUUUUUUUUAUAAACCGAGUUGCAGCGUUUCCUCCAUGGUACUUUUUUUCGAAAUGGGGAGCUUCCGCAUCAAAGUGAUCACACAAAAUGAUGCACACGGCCUUAUUUACUGCAAAAUUGUAGUGUUAAAAUAUUACAUCUCAUGGAUCGCACGAAGUUGCAACAUAAACUAGCCAACAAAAAAGAGUACAAAUGGUCUCUAAACAUCAUGCUGAAUUCUA